GCACCGGGGGAGGUUACGCACAUGCUGGGACGGGAAACACGAGCUAUUGACUACGCUCGGGCCAGCCCAAAAGAUCACAUACAGAGGCAGAAGAGGAGAACAAGGAUGAGGUCGAGCUUGAAGUGUACGAUACAGAUACGAAUGCGAAUGCGAUGAUCACACGCGAGGAGCCCAAGAAGCAGCCCAAGAUGUCCUUUGAAACGCCGGCAACGCCUCGAACCAAAAGACCUGAAAGCAGGAGCAGUGCCGGCAAGAUAUCUGCCUCCAGUUCGAGCAACAGCCAAGGCAGCUCUAGGGGCAGUAACGACUCCAGCUCCUUCCCCCUCCACUACAAACACGAAUCCCACCCCAAACCUCCUCAAAAAACCGGCGAUCCCGACAUCGACAACGACCGCUCCCUCCCUCCACCAGUAAACAUGCACACCCUCCCGCACAUGGGCAAAAAAGUCAUGUCGGCCGGUAAAGACGGGAUGGAAGACACGAUUGAUGGUGGGCUCGAUUUGAUGGGGCAGAGGAAGGGGAGGGAGUUAAGGACGUGGGUUAGGGUUACGUUGACGAUCGGGGCGUUGGCGUAUCGGGCGUUCGUUGCGAUCGUGUUUUGUGAGUGGGGGAAUUUGCGGUGAUGCUGCUGUGAUUAUUGUUCUGAGUUGUUUCCGGCGUGUGGUGUACGUGUAUGCGUUUUGGGUUUGAGACGAAUGGCGGGUCAUAGGGUAUUCA